AUGCUCAACAGCAUGGCAGCGGCGUCCGGUGUGGCCGGGGCGGGAGGCGCAGGGGCGAGGGGUGGCGGCGGAAGAAGAGGGGCGGCUGGCGCCAGUCGCCCGCGGCGGCGUGCCUGGCACUGCCCCGCGUGUUUGCACGACAGCGUCGACCCCCGUCGCGUGUGCGGCGGCUGUCUCGCGGUGGAGCCGGGCGUGGCGGGGAACCUCCCGCGCGGUGACCGCGCGGUGUCGGAGGAUCCGACGGUGCAUAUUUUGACCCUCCCGCAUGGGCGCUGCUACCGCGUCGCCGCCGCCGAACUGCACGGCCGCCCGCCAGCGGGCGGCGAGGCGGAGGCCCUCGCAGAGAGGCGGGGCGGCGACGUUGGCCGCAGCGACAGCGCUCCGCGGACGACGACGGUGUACACGCACUUCGUGUCGCUCCCAAUUGGAAAGUUGUCUGCCGUGCGGCCGAGUGCGACGCUUCUGCUGCAGGCGAUGAAGCAGCGCUGCCUCGAUCCGGCGGCGAGGGUGACAGACGACAUUUUCACCACAGCCCAACGCAUGCACCUGACUCUCCUCAUGUUGUCGCUUCCAACACAGACGGAGGUGGCGCUGGCCAAGGCGUGCAUGGAGGCGCUGGAGAAGAGGAUAGGGCAGUGGCAGGAGACAUGCGGCGCAAAGGCUGUCGACACCGGUAACGACAAGUGCGGCGCGUUGCAGAUUCAUCUCUGUGGUCUGCAUGUGAUGAAGCGACGGGGAAGGGAUGUGAAGAAGGCAGAUGUGUUGUACAUGGGGCUUGCGGAUGCCGCGUCGACUGCGCUUGUCACCAAGCUUCAGCAGCUCGUGCAAGAAAGCUUCGCGGAGCUCACCAUGAACGACCCGUGUGGAAAGGAACGGAGUGGGCUGCUGCACAUCACGCUGCUGAACAACAAGUGGAGGGGCGGCGAGGCGGCACAGGGUGGCCGUGGGGCGGCGGGGGCGCCGCCUCCUCGCGUGCCGUUCGACGCCACACGCAUACUGCAGGAGUUUGGGCAUGCAACACUCCGCGGCGGCGGCACCGAUGGCGCCAUCGCGUUGGAGUGCAUAGAAUUGAAUGCCCUGGGCUACGACGCCGAGCAUGAGUGUUAUCACUGCGAGUGCGCUACUGGCCUGUGCUUUACCCGCUAG